GCCGUACCUCCACGCGGUUGCAUCUACCGAAUGAGCGAGGAAGAGUUAAGUGUGCUUCGGGCACAACUCGACGACCUUCUAGAGAAAGGCUGGAUACGGCCUAGCUCAUCGCCAUACGGUGCUCCUGUUCUCUUCGUCCGGAAGAAGAACAAGGAUUUGCGGCUGCGCAUCGAUUAUCGCAAGCUCAACGAGCAGACGAUCAGAAAUGCUGGCCGUCUCCCACGCAUCGACGACCUUCUCGAACGACUGGGCGGCGCCAAGUUCUUCUCCAAGCUUGACCUCAAGUCGGGAUAUCACCAACUCGAAAUUCGCAAGGAGGACCGCUACAAGACCGCGUUUAAGACGSGAUAUGGGCAUUUCAAAUGGCUGGUUAUGCCAUUUGGCCUUACGAAUGCCCCGACCACUUUCCAAGUGGCUAUGACAACGGAGUUCCGACACAUGCUGGAUCGAUACGUACUUAUCUACCUCGACGACAUCCUGGUGUACAGCCGGAGUUUGGACGAGCAUGUGGAACACCUGCGCACAGUUUUGGAGUGGCUACGACAAGCCAAGUACAAAGCCAACCACGACAAGUGCGAAUUCGUGCGGCARGAGCUGGAGUACUUGGGGCAUUAUGUGACGCCGCAAGGCAUCCGUCCGCUUGCGAACAAGAUCAAGGCCCUACGAGURUGGCCCGAGCCCACCAACACCACGGACGUUCGUUCAUUCAUGGGAUUGGUGGGCUACUAUCAGCGAUUCAUCACCGAAUACUCGAGGAUUGCUGCACCUAUGACGAGAUUACAAUCGCCAAAGGUGCCAUUCGUAUUCAAUGACGACGCACGCUGGUCAUUCCAAGCACUUAAGACGACCAUGCUCAUGGCACCCGUCCUUAGCAUCUAUGACCCCACCCUGCCUACGAGAGUGACAACUGACGUUUCCAGCUAUGGCAUUGGGGCAGUCUUGGAACAACACGACGGCGACGAUUGGCACCCUGUGGAGUAUUUCAGCCACAAAGUGCCUCCCAUCAACUCGCUUGAUGAUGCAAGGAAGAAGGAGCUGCUCGCAUUCGUCAUGGCUCUCGACCGAUGGCGGCACUUCCUCCUUGGGCGUCGUAGGUUCACAUGGGUUACGGACAACAACCCACUGACUUACUACAAGACGCAGGAUACGGUGAGCAGCACGAUUGGACGAUGGAUGUACUUCAUCGACCAAUUUGACUUCACACCGAAACAUCUUCUCGGCCUCUCCAAUCGCGCAGCAGAUGCACUCUCGCGAAGACCUGAUCUUUGCGCUAUGACACAUCAUACCUUCGCAUUCGACGAGGAGCUCCAGCGACACUUCAUCAGGGGCUAUGAGUUCGAUCCAGACUUCGCCACGCUAUAUGCRCAACUAUCUUCGGAUCACCCGCCGACCAGCCACUAUCGCAUCGUCGAUGGGUACUUGCUCCUGCACUCGCGGGGCAAGGACUUACUAU